AGCCUCCCAAAGUGCUGGGAUUACAGACAUGAGCCACCGUGCCCGGUCGCAUAGAACAAUUCUUAUGAGAAGGGAUCGGCUAAGAAUAGCCUUGGGUUGACACACACCCCUUUUCACACUCACAGGAGAAACCAUUUCCCCAUGAAGCUAGAAUAUCUCAGAGAUGCUAUUCUUGGAUAUCCUGAGCCCCUGUGGUCACCGGGGACCCUGGGUUGUGCAACACUCAACAUGACAGCAUCACUAUGCUUAAAAAUUUCCCUCCUCACCCCCCAGAUUCCAUUUCCCCAUCCGCAGGGCUGCUUAUAAAGAGAAGGAGUGAUGGCUUCAGACUUCAGGAGGACACAGGCAGCAGAGAGUGGUCAUUCCCUUCUUGGCUGUGCUGACACUCGAGCCCACAUUCCAUCACCUGCUCAGAAUCAUGCAGGUCUCCACUGCUGCCCUUGCCAUCCUCCUCUGCACCGUGGCUCUCUGCAAGCAGGUCUUCUCUGCACCACUUGGUGCUGACACACCGACCUGCUGCUUCAGCUACAUCUCCCGGCAGAUUCCACAGAAUUUCAUAGCUGACUACUUUGAGACCAGCAGCCAGUGCUCCAAGCCCAGUGUCAUCUUCCUAACCAAGAGAGAUCGGCAGGUCUGUGCUAACCCCAGUGAGGAGUGGGUCCAGAAAUACGUCAGCGACCUGGAGCUGAGUGCCUGAGGGGUCCAGAAGCUUCGAGGCCCAGUGGCCUCGGUAGGCCCAGUGGGGAGCAGGAGCCUGAGCCUUGGGAACAUCCCUGUGACCUCCACAGCUACCUCUUCUAUGGACUGGUUGUUGCCCAACAGCCACUGUGGGACUCUUUUUAACUUGAAUUUUAAUUUAUUUAUACUAUUUAGUUUGUGUAAUUUAUUUUGGAUUUCACAGUGUAUUUGUGAUUGUUUGCUCUGAGAGUUCCCCUAUGCCCUCCCCCUUCCCUCACACUGUGUUUGGUGACAACUGAGUGGCUGUCAUCGGCCUGCUGUAGACAGUCAUGGUACCAAAGCCACCAGACUGACCAGUGUGUAUCAGAUGCUUUUGGUCAGGGCUGUGAUCAGCCUGGUGAAAUAAUAAAGAUGCUCUUUUAAAAGGUAAA